AUGUCUGGCAUUAAGAUCUGGCUCAGAGCCGAGACCAAGCCUGCAGAGGCGCGGUCAGCACUCACGCCGACCACAUGCAAGGCCCUUCUUGAUGCUGGGUACGAUGUCACUGUGGAGCGAUCCAAGCAGCGUAUUUUUGAUGACGACGAGUUUGCGGCUGUCGGUGCGCGACUUGUCGAGGAAGGAUCCUGGGAAAAGGAUGCGCCGAAAGAUGCCUAUAUCCUGGGUCUGAAGGAACUCCCGGAGAAGGAUUUCCCAUUGGAGCACGUCCACAUCUCCUUUGCCCACUGCUACAAGCAGCAAGCCGGCUGGGAGAAGGUUUUGAGCCGCUGGCCGCGCGGAGGCGGCACUCUGCUCGACCUGGAGUUCUUGACCGAUGAGAGAGGUCGGAGAGUUGCUGCCUUUGGAUAUUCUGCUGGCUACGCUGGUGCUGCAUUGGCUAUCAAGAACUGGGCGUGGCAGCUGACACACCCAAAGAAUGAGCCUCUUCCGAGUGAAAAGCCCUAUGCUAAUGAAAAGCUCCUCAUUGAGUCUGUCAAGGAGGCCUUGGAGACCGGCAAGAAGGCAGCCGGUCGGGGACCGAAGGUGCUCGUCAUUGGAGCUCUCGGACGAUGUGGCAAUGGAGCCGUGCAGCUUACCAAGGAUGUUGGUAUCCCGGAGAGUGACAUUAUGCGAUGGGACAUCGAGGAGACCAAGAAGGGCGGCCCAUUCCAAGAAAUUGUGGAUGAUGCCGAUAUUUUCAUCAACUGCAUUUACCUGUCCUCGAAAAUCCCUCCUUUUAUCAAUGCGGAAACUCUCUCGUCGCCGAAGCGACGCCUGACAGUGGUGUGCGAUGUCAGCGCUGACACGACAAACCCUAACAACCCCGUGCCUAUCUACAACGUCACGACGACCUUUGACAAGCCCACUGUACCGGUCGACCUCCCACUGGGUAACCCGGAACUGCCCCUGAGCGUUAUCAGCAUUGAUCAUUUGCCUUCACUGCUCCCUCGUGAGAGCUCGGAGAUGUUCAGCCAGGCCCUGCUCCCAAGUCUCUUACAGCUCAAGGACCGAGAAAACGCUCGCGUCUGGAAGCAGGCGGAGGAACUGUUCAAGUACCAUGUUUCUACUCUGCCUGAGCACCUGAGGGCUUAA